AUGUAUCUGUCCAAAUUAAUAAGACUCUUUAGAAUAAAAGAACCCUUUUUGUCUCAAUAAGAAAUGGACCAGGAGUAGGAGGCCUUGGUGUAAGCAUAGAAGAAGAUUAAUUUUGCAAUGGAGGUUUUUAAGAGUGUGUUGGAAUUAUUAUUGGGGUACAGACUAUUGCCUAAUUUAUAUGCAAUAACAUUUUUCCUUUUAUCUCUUUCAAGCUUAAGCUCAAUAGUUUUAAUACAUUUAAAAACAAAAAUAAAUCCUUUAAUAAGAGUUUUGCAUUCAUUAUUGUUUUCAGCACUUUAUUUGUAUAAAUUUUAAACGUCAGAUUUUUUGUUUAUUUACUUGAUUUACGUUUCCUCAGCAAUAGAAUUAGACGCAAUGAAGGUGUUCUAUUAUUUGGGAUUUUAAGUAAUUUAUGAGACAUUGAAACCUGAAAAUUUCGUGUUAAAUAAUGGAGAACAAAUAUUCUCUUGGUUAAUUUUAUGUACAAUUUAUCUAAAUUUAUUUGUGACGAAUAAAAAAAAACUAUCCUUAACAUUCCCUUAAUUCAGCAUUGCCAAAGAUGCAGAAAGCUAUAGGGAUGCGAAUAACUAUUUGAUAUCAAUGAAAAGUAGUUCCUCGUUGUUUUAAAUGUAAUUUUUUAUUGAUAUUUAAUAAAAGGUCAGAAACCAUGAGGUUCUAUAUGUAAAUAAGCCAUUUCUGAAGAAAUUCGGAGCAUAAACUAAUAUCUUAAGGAAAUUAGAAUAGUUCAUCCUCCAGACUGACCAUGAGUAUAAUAAUGAGGGAAAUAAAUCAACUGACCAUUAUUUUACUAAGUCAACAAAUAUAUUAGAAAGUCUUAAUCAUUAGGAUCUAUUUUUGUAAGCACCCUUUAUUGCACAGGCAUAAUUGGAUGAUUAAACUUAUAAAAUAAAUAUGCAAUAAUGCACUUGGAAAGGAUAAUAGAGUUAUGCAAUCACUAUCAUCAACAUAACAGAUGAUCAAUUGGUGAUGGAAUUGAAAAAAUUAGAUUCUUAUAAAGAUAACAUUCUUGCCACAGUUAGUCAUGAUUUAAAAAACCCUAUUGGGGCCAUUUAUUAAACACUUUUAUUUGUUUAAGAUGAUUUAUAAAAAUUAAUCCAAUAGCAGUAAGAUCUAUAAUAGAGUGUUCAAUUUAUUGAUAUUUGCAUCAAUAACAUAAUAUUUUUAUAAAGUUUUGUUAAGGAUUUAUCUGAUUUUUAGAUGAUUAAAAUGUAAAAAUUGAAGGUUUUUAUAACAGAAUUUGAUAUCUUAAAUCUUUGCUAGUAAAUUUAAUAAGCUUUCUAAUUGUAAUUGUAAAUAAAGUAAAUUGAAUUUCAUAUUAAAAAUAAAGCAGAGGACACCUUGAUAAAAAAUGAUGAAGUUAGAUUAAAGUAGGUUUUAUUUAAUUUAAUUUCCAAUUCUUCGAAAUUUACUUCCAAUGGACAUAUUUCGUUGAAUAUAACGGAUAACAAUUAGGACAUUUAGGAGUUUUAUGUCAAUGUUAAGAAUUAGAUGAAACAAAAUAAGUCGAAACAAAGUUUGUGUUAGUUAGAUGAAUAAUUAAAUAAUUUGAUUUUGAUUACAGUUUCAGACACGGGAGUGGGUAUUAGUGAUGAGGUUAAGGGUUAGUUAUUCAAAAGUUACAGCACUUUUGAUGGUGAGAAAAAAUAGAAUAGGAAUGGAGUAGGACUAGGAUUAAUGAUUAGCAAAUAGUUGUGUGGAUAUAUUGGGCCUCUGAAAUAUAUUUACAUUAACAGUAGGAUUGGAGUUGGAACCAAUUUUUAGUUUGUUAUUUAUAGAGUUCAUCAAGAUGAUGUUGACAAUUUGGAUGAUUAACCAAUUUAGAUUCAUUAAGUGCGAUACUAGAAAAUACCUAAGUAAACUCCUUAAAAUAAAUAAAGAAGUGUUUUGCUAGUAGAUGAUGAACUAUUUAAUAAUGCAACUAAUAAAUAGUUGUUUUAAUAAUGUGGAGUGAAUUAAAUUUAGAUAGCUUACUCUGCCAGUGAAGCAAUCUAAAUGGUUAAGCAAAAGUAAUUUGAUAUGAUAUUACUGGAUGUCAAUUUACCUGAUAAGAGUGGAAUUUAAUGUAUAAGAGACUUUAAAAAAUUUAACAAAAAUGCUAAAAUUUAUAUACUUAGCGCAUUUGAUGAUCAAGAAACGAGAUAAUAGUGCAUCAAAGAAGGAGCAGAUCGCUUAUUUUAAAAACCAUUAACAUAAAAAUAAAUAUUAAAUAUAUUAUGA